UUUUGUGUGCACAGGCACCCACAUUGCCAUCAAGGCCCGAAGAGUGGACGAGGCCCUCUACUUUAACUGGAAAAGCUAUCACUCCCUCUGAAAAUCCAACUUGUUUGUGAUGUGAAUGGAGUGAUCCUCAGCUACUGCUUCAGAUUCCCAGUUGCCUUGGAAAGUGCAUUCCUGGCUGAGUGUGGUGCGUGUGCCUGCUACUCGUGUGGUGGUGGUGCUGCUGCGUGAAGCCUCUGCCGUGGGAACCCACCACAAAUAGCUAAUGGAUUCUGUAUGACGGGAUCAGCAGCAGACAGAAUUGCAGUGAUGUAUUAACAUGCCUAGGGACAGCCUUGGGGGCAUCCAUUACUGGCAGAAGCCCGAGUGUGCUGAGUGACGGGGCGGCAUGACCUUGCACAUCAGAGGGUCAGGCAGUGCAGUGCAGACUCCAAGGCUCCCCAAGUGUACAGCAUUGUUGUGUGUGUGGAUGGGGUGUGUGUGCCAGACUCCUCACACUCUGUAUUGGGCCUUUGUUGGAGGCGUCCCCUGUGAUAUAGUGGACGACAACCUGGAGCUCUGUGACACACUGACAAGGGAGAAGGUUACUUGUCGCUCCAAGGCUAAGCUGGUCGGCCCCAUGAAUGUCACUGUCUGCGUUACCGGAAGAGGCGCGUCUGAAGUGACCAAGAUAGGAAGGUACGUGGACUCCCAGGACAGGCUGUACCAGUUCCUCACAUAUGCUGUGAUGUGCUGAGUUGGGCAAGAAUAUGAGAUGUAAGCAUUGGUGACCACUCAUGCUUGCCCACCCCGCUGAUUGACAACCUUGGUGAACUUUGGAUUUUUUUUAAAGCCAUCACUAGCAGACCUCUUGGGUGGUUUCCAAGACCCCAGCUUGGCCUUCAAGACACUUAACCAUACCAGGGUCUUCCUCCAGCAGCUCACCAGAAUAUAACUGGAUAACUUGCCUGCUGCCAGCACCUCCAGGCCUCUAGAGGUUGUGGCACCACAGCCUGCACAGCCCCUCAAAUCCCCAACAAGAACAAGAACACAACAGGGUAGUGGGAGUGAUGGCUUCAAGACACACUGCCACUGUACAGGGCAGCUGUUACUCUUGUACAUCAUGUGCUGCUUACAAGACUGUGCCUAAAAAUCUGAGAGGAAAAAGUAAAAGCUCACAGGACUGGUUGACGAGACAGCUAAAUGACCCUUAUGUGAAGUUGACCAAGCAACAUCAGCGCAGGCAUUGUCCAUGAUGCUUCCUUUGUUGUGGUUCCAUCAUGGCAGGCAUGGAAGUGCCUCUCACUGCAUCACCGCCUCAUGAUCAUUGAGAGCAUGGACACAGACACUGAGGCCCUAGUGGGUACGUGGACCUCCUCAAUGGACAGAUGGACAGAGGCUGGUGUGCUGGCUACAUGUAUCAAGAGCAAAUCUCAACCUUCUUCUCCGUUGUGGCAUCAGGGAUGACAUAUGAGAUGGCCAUGACCAGCAUGCCCCUUCAGGUGCUGCGUCUGCACCUGCCACACAGUCCAUCCUCUGAGGCCGUUGUCCUGCUCAUCUUCCCAAAGCCUCAGCGUUAUGACACCUAUGUGGAUGGUGUCUUUGUUCCCCCAGCCAACCUCAACACCUCUGCAGCCGGCUACAAGCUGUUGCCUGAGAACCCCACCCAUCCUCAGGCUUUCCUUCCCAUGUUGGACAAUGCAAUGGGGACCAGCUUCUUCCAGCGCAGUGCUAAGUUGGUCCAUGUGGUGCUGUGCGAAGGCCACAUCCUUGACAUCAAGACCACACCCAUGAUCACCCUCACCAGUGGCCUCAUGGUGAAGGAAGAUGAGUUUUAUGAGCAGAACGUGGUGUUGAAUCUGGCCAGCCUGUUUGAGGUAUCCCCAGACAACAUCAGGGUCAUCAGUGUUAUGCAGGAGCUCUCCAAGAGACAGCAGGGAAGGCUGGAGGCUGAAGUGGCCAGCGCUCACACUACAAGCCUGAAUGGUGAGGAGGAGGAGGGAGCAAUUGGUGGGGAGGUGAUUCCCUACAAGAAGCUGGUGCAGAGUCUUGAGAAGGCCGUCAAUAGAUUCCAGGAUGGAUCAUGCAGCAACUGUGCCUCUCUCUCUUGGUGAGUGACCCCAUUGAGCCACCACCCAAGGAAGCCCCUCCAAAGGCCACAGAGGAGGAAGGCAGUGUUGUCAUUCUGGAUGCCAAGCUGUUCUACAAGCAGCAGGAGAAGGAGGUGGCAGAGAAGAUCAAGGAAAG